GUUGUUAGGCGGCGUGGACAGAAACGGCUUGUUGUUUGGGGGCGCGCUUCAGCUCUACCUAAUUUACUUUACCCUUCGAGUUUAUUAGAUUUAUUAAACGGGUUUCAAAUUUCUGAUUGUAAAAUGAGCGACAACGAGAAGGAUUUUAGGGAGCAGGUUAAGGUGGGAAGAAAGAAAAAGGCCCAAGACGUGUCAGAUGUGACGUUUUUAAUGUUUGAAGCUGAUGGGGUUGAUGCAUGCUAAUGUUUUGGAAGCUGAAAAGAAGCGAUCAAGAUCUGGCCUCACUUCUAGUUGUAAUGGCAGAUGGUAAAAGGGGGAAGAGGAGGAAAAAAGAAGUCAGAUUCAAACGGAAGAAAGAAGAAAUGAAGGGGUUGUUAUGAAGUAAUGAAGUGAACGAAGUUAUGAAGUUAAGAUCAGAAGUAUAACUGGGACUCUCGGGGAGGCUCAAGGAGUGCAUCCCCAAGAGGCUCCGCAAAAUCCGCCAGCCACUCUCCUGCACGGUCUAAAGAUGGGUCUCGGCGCUCCCGGUCCAGAUCUCGCUCUCAGUCCAGAUCAAAAUCCAGGUCAAGGUCCCAUCGAAGCUCACGCAGGCGCUACUCCCGCUCUCGUUCCCACUCUCGACGCAGACGUUCAAGGAGCCGAUCUCGAAGCUCAGAUUACCGCCGGCGUAGGAGCCACAGCCGUUCCCCGAUGUCGAAUCGGCGCAGGCACAUUGGCAACAGGGCCAACCCAGACCCCAGCGCUUGCCUGGGUGUGUUUGGUCUGAGCCUUUACACCACUGAGAGGGACCUGAGAGAGGUUUUUUCUAAAUAUGGCCCCUUGGCCGAUGUCAACAUAGUGUAUGAUCAGCAGUCGCGUCGCUCAAGAGGUUUUGCCUUUGUUUAUUUCGAAAACAGUGAGGACUCCAAGGAGGCCAAGGAGCGUGCUAAUGGUAUGGAGCUUGAUGGACGCAGAAUCAGAGUGGAUUUCUCCAUCACUAAAAGAGCUCACACUCCAACUCCUGGAAUCUACAUGGGACGCCCCACAUAUGGUGGCGGUGGAGGAGGCGGCGGCGGCGGUGGUGGUGGUGGUGGUGGUGGAGGAGGUGGCGGUUCAUCACGCCGUUUCUCCAGGGACUAUGACAGGGGCUAUGACAGAGGAUAUGAUAGAGGUUAUGAUCGCGACUAUGAUCGCUAUGAAGAGCGAGAGUAUCGAUCGUACAGACGCAGAUCUCCGUCUCCGUACUACAGCAGAGGUUACCGCUCGCGAUCUCGGUCCUACUCGCCACGUCACUACUAGGCAGCGAAGACAAUGUUAUGUUCUGGUGUUUUUGUGUUUUUUUUUUUUUUUUUUUUUUUUUUUUUUUUUGGAUCAUUUUUGUUUGGGGUUUUUUCCCCCCAUUUUGACCAGACAGUGUGUGUGUGUGUGUGUGUGUGUGUGAGAAAGGGACUUUUGCAUGUAUUCAUGUAUCAGAAGGUUGAAGGUUUGAUUUUUAUCCCUAAACAUGUCUAGGCAGUGCUGAAUAAACAUGUCAGAUUAUGGAUUUUCAAAAUGUCGAGAAUUAAUGCUUUUUCAUCUUUGCUCUUCAUCUAAAUAAAAUUCUGUGUGUCGUCAAAUAAAAAUGCUGAAUGCUUUUUAAACUUGGAAUUUGAAAAAACGGUUUGCUUCAACUGACACGUUUUUAUCUUUGUAGGAUUUUGUCCUUUUUUUAUUAUAUUUUUUAGUGUACUACAGUAGAUGGCUCCGUUAAGCUGUGUCUAUUCCAAAAAAAUAAAUUACAUUUUUGUUCUUG